AGAGAGGGAGAGAGGGAGAGGGAGAUGGAAGACUUGAUUAUUGACCUCCAAUUAUUUUAUUGAGGGCAUUGACGAACUUUGCUCUAGCCCGAGCUGAGUUCCCUGAGCAGAGGAGGAGAAACUCUCACCCAAAUUCAAGAACAGAUCUCAAAUUACUCAAGACCAAGACAGCUGAAAUCAGCAGGUGAAAGGAGUUCAUUCAAAUGUACAACUUUGAACAUGGAUCAACUAGAGGAGCUGAUGAAGGAAGCAGCAGCAGCUAUGCACCUGCUGCAAUUACCACGGACCACACGUUGGAAGUUGUGACUGAUGGUAGCAUGGAACCUGAAAGAACUAAGCUAUCUGAACGUCGAAUAGAAAAAGUUCCAUUGACAAUGCGACAAGAUGAAAAGACUAAGGGAUACUUUGAUCCUAAGGUGGUUUCAAUCGGUCCAUACCAUCAUGGAAAGGAAGAGCUCCAGAUUGCAGAGAGGAUCAAGCCUAUUGUAGUGCAAUUGUAUAUUAGGCGUAGCGGAAGGGAAAUGGAUGAAUUUCGUAGGAAUAUUCGCGAGAUAGUUGACGUUGCUAGAAGCUACUACCUUGAAGGAUCAACAGAGAAAUAUUCCGACGAGGAAUUUGUUGAGAUUAUGCUCCUCGACGGUUUGUUUGUUUUAGCUUUUUUUGAGAGUUAUAAUCCAAGUUACUGGGAUCAAACAAUUGGAAAGGAACUACAGAAAUGCUUGGGCAAUCAUGCUUUAUUCUUUCUGGGAGCUGAUAUAUCCGAAUUGAUUGAGAAUCAACUUCCAUUUCAAGUUCUCGAGUUGUUGAUGAGCUUAAUGUCCAAAGACAACAAUUUCGCUGAACUAUUGGACAAAAACUGGGAGAAUUUGGAGUCCAACGUGUCAAAUCAACAAGAUAAGAAUGAACUCAAAAGGAAAUUUGUUGGAGUUUUUCAAAAUAAAAGGUUGCGGGAGGUUAUUCGUGAAAAGGUGCGACACCUUUUCACAUGGGAAACGGAAUUAACAGUACUUGGUUCAAUUGAUUCUCAUAGGCUCGGUAUUCUGUCUGUCCUUCGUUUGUGCGGACGCAGGCAGAAGAUCAUUGAUCGGGCUUCGUUUUAUCCUCAGAACAGAUUCGCUGUAACCCGGUGCACACCAAUUGGUGGGGGCGAAUACUGUUUUCGGAAAGCGACGACGUAA